CUGCCUUCAUAUUAGAAGAGGAAGGAGACCGUUCCAUUCCAUGUUCUGACUGAUCGGAGCUUGCUCCCUGUUUCGAACCAUCAUCGGACCAUCAGUCCCUUCAUAACAAAGACAUGGGAUGCCUAACACAGAUCCGGAUUAUGCUCUGGAAAAACAUUUGGAUUCAAACCAUUCUGCGUCACCCGUACCUAACUGCUGUGGAGAUCGUCUUUGCGUUGCUGUUUACGAUCGCGCUUCUAAACGCUGCCUACUGGCCAGGCACUGGAGGGGCAUCCUACGCUCCUGCAAAGGUUCAUCCGCCUGUGGUUCCCCCUGUGCUUGCAAAAUCGCGGCUCGUGUACGGACCGUCGUCUCCAUAUGCUGUUUUUGUGGUAUCGAAUGCCUUUCCAGAUUUGGAGGAUCCUACACAGAUCCCACCUGACCCGAAGAAGUCACGACCAUUUGUCGAGUGCGGCGAAAUGAGCGAGGUGCAACAGAAUUGCCAAAUGAACGACUAUUGCGUGUUCUUACACUCAGAUGGAUCCAACACGAUCGACCUGAACUACAGUGUCGUGGUUCACGUUGAGAAGACGGAGGACCUUGACGUAUUCAGACAGUCGUACGUCGAACAGGUGUCACCCGCACUUCCAAUGAUCGUCUCUCUUCAGGCGCGGAUUGAACGGGCUCACUUGAAGUGGGUUGAACGAAACGUGGCACCGUCAGCGCUAAGCGACCAGCGCGUGAGUCCGUCGAAGGACGAGGUCACCGACGCUGUAGGUGAGGUUCCGUCGUCCUCGGUUGUACUGGCGAGCCUGGUCCCGCCUUGCGACGUCCAGAUUCUGCCGAGCGUCCGAGCUGCAACGUCCAGUCAGCUCCGGAGGUGCUCAGCAAACCUUGAUCAAGGAGGCCAGGUACUGCCAUCCCGGAAGCCUAGAGAAUUCUCCACUGGGAAAGGUGCCUCUCGUCAAAAAUUCAGGGACGCCGGGAUGAAGCCUGUAGACCUAUUUACUGUUGUCCGUGUAGCGAAAGCCAGUUCAGGCAGUCCUGUCGCGGACGCCAGUUCAGCCAGGAAGAUCCCAAUCACGGUGGUGCUGACUACGGAAAGCAACCAACAUCAUUUUCAGGUUCCGAUUAACACGUUCGGUAAUGUUAGCCUGAAGGUGAUUCAGGGAGGUCUUCUUGUGCUGAAUGCAUAA